UUUGGCAUUUGAUACAGACAAUGAAUCAGCCUUUAUGAUUGACUGCUUCAAAUGACAGCCAUUCUGGGAACUGACUUGAUCUUGUGAGGUGAUUGGCUAGUAGUACACAGCUGACAAUAGUGGGGUCAAGUGAGAGGUCACAAGCAUGCAGUGUACAUAUGUGUGUUCUCUGACAUCUAUAUUUAAACUGAAAAUCUCCAAUUCAUAUAUGGUAAGGAUUUCCCAGUUGAAUUAUAGCUACAGGUAGAUCUAGAGCUUGUCAGGAUCAUCAAAUUCCUCAGGAUGUGUCCUUGUAAGGCGUUUAGGACUUAUUUACACUAUAUGAGUUGGAGCAAUUAAUACAACAAUGACAAGGAAAUUAAAGUGUACCAGCUGAUACCCAGACAGACCAGAGAUAGCUAACAGGAGGGUUCUACACUCAAAAUCUGGGUGAUUCAUUCAAUGUCAGUGAAGUACCUGGCGUGUUAAGCUGGGUCGGCCGGUUUUCAGCCAGGGCAUAGAAGGAAAUAAACCUGCCUGAUGUGCAGUGUUGAAUAAUACUGUACUAAAUUCUAUAUAUAUAUUUACAAGGAAAUUUGAAGGACUUGCAUUUUUGGUUUGUUAAUUCACAAAACACUUCAUUAACUUCAUGUCAGGCCGCGUCCACUAUCGGUAAAGACCGCAGUUGGUCAAUGUCGUAUGGUUGAUAAAAACUUAUGAAGAACCAAAAGACAUGUCGGAUCAAGAAGACUUCGAAACAGAAAGUUUAGUCUUUCUCACAUGUCCGACUGACCAAGGACUUUGCCAUGCUAGAAUAGUUUUUGUACCAGACAAAAAUAGUCACCAUCUUGACCAAGGAGAGAUUACAGAUUCAGAUACCAACAGAAGUGUGGAAGAUUGUAUCCAGAUUAAGAAUAUGACGAAGCUGAACAAUGCAAGGUGUGCUAAACACAUUGAAGAUUCACAAAUGGAGGAGUUCAAGAAAGACGGAGUUCCGUCAAAGCGGGUCAUGGAAAUGAUGAAGGAAAUACAGGAGAAUGAUUUCAAAGGGAAGUCUAAAGGAAGCUUCAACAUAACGGAUAAAAAGUCAGGUUUGAAAGAUAUAUACAACCUUGAGGAAAAAUCUGAUAGUUCCGAGAAAGAAACUUCCGAGGAAAAGAUUGUUCCACUGGAAAAGAAAGAACAAAAUAUCCCGGACCCAAAUGAUGGUCUGAAAAAGGACAACAGUCUAGACAAGAGAUGGAGCAAGGACUGGUGCCGUCGACAGAACGACCAGCAAUGGAGGUCAAGUGACUUUUCAACAACCAGUCCGCCGCCAGCUGUUCAAGAUAACAGAUUUGCAUCACUGAUGGGCAACACUGUUGAUCUGAAGGAAGAGGAAGAAACUCCGGUUAAAGAGUUGAUGGUUUUUGCCGUGGAGGAUGAGCAUACCUUUGAUAGCGUGCAGUCCAACAUCUCAAUCGUCUCCUUGGACUUGGGGAACAGCAAGUCGGAGGGCGAUCCAGACAAGGACAACGACGAAACGGAAAAAUCAGAUGAAGUUAAGCCCGAGACAUUGAGUGUUGACGAAUCGGAAUAUAAGACAUUUGAAAGUCGCGAAUUUGAGAAAAGUUUAUGCAUUGACAGUUUAAACGAGGACAGUGAUCUACCUUCUCUAAAGUUCGGCACGGACAUAAAUUGUACAAAGGACUCGCAGUCUGCCGAUUUUGAUACCUUGUCAUCUGAAAUAUGGAAAGCAUAUAUGGACAUAAAUGGCAAGAUGAGUCUGGAUUCUUCAUAUUCUGAUAUCUUGUCUCUUGAAGCCUCGGUACUGAAUGCGGAAAAGGAGGUCGCUCAGCUGAAGGACAGCCUCGACAAAAACGGAAAGAAAAGCCUGGUGUCAACAGAUUUUGAUACCAUGUUCAAAUGUUCAGAAACAAAUGAGGAAAAAGAUUACUUUAGCAGGGAAAAGAUGGAACUGCAGGCAGAAGAAGAGUUUGAGGAGGACAUAGAAGAUGGCAAUGACUAUGUGGAAUGUGAGCUCAAUAUUGACCUAGAGGUAUUUUCCACUGAAAGUUUACGGCUGAAGAGUAAAUGCACACGGGAGCUGAAAGACAUUACAAACCAGCUCCUGAUGAUGACCAAUAGAACUGUGCAAGAAUGCACUGAAGAGCCCAAGAAAACUGCUGAAGUUUCCUCAUUGAAGGGAGACAAUCCAUUCAACUGUCUGGAUAGACAACAGUUCCUCGAAGGCAAACAAUGGACCGAGUUGACUUCACUGGACAUUGGUUUAGGUACCUUGGCUACUCUGCAAUCCAAUAUUGGUCGAGGACUUGCAAUGCAGACCAAAGCGAAUAAGAAGCUGAAGAAGAAGGUGAAACAACUAGAGUUCUUGUAUCUGGAAAUGCACAAAACAGCCAACUGGAAUUGUCCUUUAAGAAAAGUAACCAUUCAGGAUUUUCCUCCAAGAAUAGCAUCCAAUAGGAAGUUUUCACCUAGGAAUACAGCCUUUCAGAGCCUUCCUUUCAGAAAGGGAAGAAGGAUGUCAGUACUAUUUGUCAAAAAACUGUUUCCAAAGAAACAGUGGUCCGGACUGCCCCCAAUUGGAUGCUUGACCUCAGUGCAGAGCUUUAAAUGCAAGGGAGAUAACUUGAAAAAGCAGCCAACUGAUUCUGAUAGCGGUUGUCAGGGAAAUGGAUUCCAGGACUGUUGCGGCAGUCAGAAAUCUUCUGGAGAAGGAAAUGGGAACAAAGAAGGAGAAAACAAAGAAAGCAGACAUAACUUAGAUAAUGAAAAAGACAUUGAUGAACAGGAACCUCUGCCUGAAGACAACAAUAAUGAGUCAUCCAAAACAGACACCCCCACCAACAGUAGUGCUCCAUCAUCUAACUUCAAAUAUCGUAAAAAGGAUACUUCUGAAGAAGAAAAGAAAAUGGAGACUUACAAGAAAUUGGCUGAACUGAAGGAGGAUAUUCCUCCUGAUAUUAUGAAAGAAAUCAGUGAGUGCUUGGUAGCAUGCUUGAAUUCACGUAAAAUGGGAGGAAGCGAUGUUGUCGCAGAUUGCAGCAUUUGUGCUUUCCUGUUUUCUCUCAUCAGCCAUUUUGGAAAUUGUCCAUGUGACUUCAAGUGUUGCGAUAUGUGCCAGCGAGCAUUCUGCUUGGUUUCCAAACAUUUGCAGUUAUGUUUGGAGUGUGGAUCCUCGGGAUCAGAACAGGCCUGUCCGUUACCAAUCUGUAAAAAAAUCCAGAGCAAAUUCAAACAGCAUCCAGAAAAAAUCUCUCAGCGUGGAAAGGAACUCUGGCCAAAAUUAAAGAAAUAUCUUGCUCGAUUCUCACGAAGACCUGAAGAUGGCAGUCAAGACAUUCUAUUGGAUGAAGGAGAGGAUUAUUUCAGUCUGUCCAGUAUUCAGUUGGGUAGUCUGAAUUCUGUUGGAAGUAGUAGUAUCGGAGGCAUACCAUCGACAAGACCAUCACGUUCUUCAAGAAGCAGCGUUGUAUUCCAGCCCAACCUACAGAGUAUAUCAGAAACCGCAACAGCUAGUCAAUUUACUGGAUCUCGAUCAGAGCCAUUUGCUCGAAGAACAGAAUCUGGAGAAGUGAUUAAUCAAAGACAGACACGUCCAGCGCGGCUGGCCAUUUCCGAUGACAAUAGAUAUCCAUAUCCAAGUCAGUCUAGAUCAGCUCCUCAUGCUCACAAAACUGAAGAACAUGAAACCAUUCCAAAAUCUGUACGUCCAAAAGAACGUAAAGUUUCAUUCAGCACAGCUAAAUUAGAGAUUCCCGCAGCCACAAAGAGUUUACCCUCACCAGAGGAACCACUUCCAAGUAUUGCCGAAGUUGAAAAAUACACUUCUCUUAAUCCGGAAAAGGUUUACGGAGCAGAAAGGACGAGUAGUCUCCCCCUAAACUUUUAUCCACCUGAAAUGGCAAGCGAACAGCUGACAUCGGUUCAGAUGAGACCGGUUGGAUACCCGGGAAUCGGAGAAGUUGUAUAUGCCUUCAAAGAAAACCUCCGAUAUGUAGCACGGUACUGGAAACAGAUCAAAGAAGUUUACCAGAGAGACAAAAGCUACGAGAAAAAACAUUUACGAGAGGAGGGUGUGGUCCUCACGGAAAACAAGGAGAAAUUUUCUAUUUUUCGGACACGUUACCAGAAAAAUUUUCAGUGGAUCCGUCUGACUCACUUGGGAACUGGGAUGUCUGGCAAAUGUCACCUGGCUCAAGAUUACAACACAGACUUUAAGUUCUGCAUCAAAAAGAUAAACAUUCUCAAGUUUGACGAACGUGAACUUGACAUCUGGAGUGAUCUGUCUCAUCCGAACAUUGUACAACUGUAUGGAGCGAUACGUCACGGACACAACAUCUACAUCUUUGAAGAGUUUAUAGAUGGAGGGUGUCUUACAGAAACUAUCAACCUACAGAAGGAGACGGGACAUCGGCUGAGUCACUGGACCGCGCUGAACUACUUACAACAGAUUUUACAGGUGUUGGUCUACCUGGAGGAACGAUCCACUAUACACGAGGACAUCAAAGCUGAUAAUAUAUUACUGCGAAAGAAUACCACCAAUUUGGUUGUCUCCGACUUUGGGGUGGCACGUCGCAUGGAGCAUGUCCUUAGGGAGGCCAGUCCUGUUGGAACUCCGACAAGCUUUAGUCCAGAGAAGGCCAAAGGUCAAGGUCAUGGUGCAAGGUCAGAUGUGUGGGCAGCCAUUUGCGUCCUGAUCCACAUGCUGAGUGGUUGGCCCCCCUGGGUCAGGCGGUACGGAUAUGUCGGCACACUCAAUUUCAUUAUUGCAGAACGGGAACCACCCCUUAAAGACCUUCCUGCUAAUGUGAGUCGAGACGUCUACAAUCUGGUGGAAUUUGCCCUGAAGAAGGACCCGAAUGCCCGCCCCUCUGCAAGUAAAGUACUGCAACAUGAGGCCUUCAAAUUACUCACAGGAGGACCAGCACCCGAAACUUUCGUAUCAGUGCUUGAAUCAUCUCCCCUCAGCACCGAUAUCAAAAUCUCCGAUGACAUUGAUAAGGCUCUCGUUGAAGAGGUUAAAGUUCAAUACCAAACAUCACCGAGUACAUCGUCAUUGUCACAGAGUACUUCUUCGAGGUCAAAGGGUGCGUCAACUUUGACUACAGGCUCAACUGUAUCGCACAGCUCAGCAAUUUCACAUUCUGAUUCAUCUCAGACUGGUAAUGAUGGGACAAAAGAUAUUGGUAGUACUGCAGCCCAUAAACCUAGAUCAAAUUUACCUCCUUUUGGGUCAAAUGGCAUCGGGGAGGAAAUACUGACGUCUGUUGGAAUAGUCACACCACGCCAUCCCCCGAAUCUUCUCCCAAACCCGAGCCAUAUCACGCUGUCGAGUUACCAUGGAAGCACAAAAGACCUUGGAGUGAUGCCACCUCCUAGCCCAGCCAAAUAUUAUGCCAUAAAUCCAGAGGAAUUUUUCAGAAAAUACGUAAAUGACAUUGAUGUAGGGGUAGAAAAUUUUGAAGGAAAAUACAAGAAUUUUCUGGAGCCUUUCCAACCAGACCCGGACAGUGAUUCCAAUUCAGAGGGUGAAGAUAUAGAAAACACUAUGGAUUAUUUCGACAGAAGUCACGCCAAUAUUCCAGAUUUUGAGGCAUUGCUUGGCAACAUGGUGUCCGAAGACGAAAGGCAAGGACCAGCUUCCAUUCCUGAUGUUGUGCAUGAAAUGUUUGACAAAGCCCUUCGACAAAAUAUGAAGGACUCUCCAGUUGAGACGAGACACUGGGCAGCGGCAACAACAGACUACAGGGCAACUGGUGAAAGUCGACGUGCCAGUAAUCACAGUAUUGCAGAAGAGGAUGAAAGGGAGGAGGUUCAGGGAGAUCCUAGUGUGCAGUCCAGACAUACUGAUGCUGAGGACAAGUUGCCCGACUUGGGUUCCCUGCUCGAUGACUCCACCUCCAACAAUGCAAACUUGCCAACAGUUUUGGAUUCUUUAGAGGACACAGCGACCUUGACUGGACAGAAAUACUCUUCUAGUGAGAAUUCCCUACAGGAAGGUAGUGUAUCCAGCGGGGAACCAAGGAUACAUGACUUUUCACCGCACAGUUCCACUGAAGAUAUCCACAGUUCUGAAGAAGAUGAAGGUUCAAACAGAACUGGUCCAAUUCCCACAGACACUUUGCAAGAAAGAACACACCGCAAAGUUCCAUUGCAUCACGACUUACCCAAGUGGGAAAUCCUUAUGGCCUCCAUGACGUUAAACGGAGAAGAAAAUAGUUCUAUCCCAAUGGAUGAUUUGUUUGCUUCUGGGGAUGAAGAAACUUCUGAAUUUCACUCACAAGUUAAAGGUCAAUGUCAUAAUCUUCAGCUUGACAAUAAGGAAACCUUUUUCAAUAAUGUCUCUACUAAAGGUCAAGGUCAAGCAAGGGAUGAUGUGACUCCCACUGGGGAGGCUAAGCAGUUUCCUGUCCAGUUAAAUGACUUGUCUGCACAGAUGAGGCCUUAUCCAUUAAUUAUCACUGACAAAAACACUGGAGCCAUCUCCAAGAUUAGGAAGCCACGGCCUCAGCCUGUCGUUAUUGCAGCAGCAAGAGUUCCGAUAGAAUCCGACGAACGCAGUCUCUCCCCAAUCAAGUCUCAGUCGCCAUGCUCAGCCCCUUUGAGCUCACCGAACAUGAAACACAACAAGAAAAACCUACAUCUGAACCUGAAUACGAACAAGAGAAAGACUGACCGUCAGACUUCUGAACCCCAGCAACGCUCGACCCAUUACAGGUCACCAAACCCUAGAGAGGUCAAGCCCUACUUCACUCCUCAAAAACAAAUGACUUCACCUCCUUCGUGGAAAACUGGAAGCACCCCUCCAAAAAGCAGCGGGACAUCAUCGGUGAAAUCCGACUCAAGGAUGGAACAACAACAGAAAGAAAACGAAAGCAAGAUCGCGGAGUUACUAGAAGAGUUGUCGCUCCACAGUGAAAAUUCUAGGUCACAGAUUGACGAACUGGAUAAUAUGUCCGACCCCGAAGACAUUUCCCUUGCUAAUGAUGAUGAGGAAGAUUUCCAGAUGUCCUUAAUGAGGAUUCAGCAGGAAUAUGUAAUGCCUGAGGCCAGUAACUGUGGGGCUUUGGUCCAUGUGGUCACCUCACAAGGCGAGCUCUUCAACAUCAGACUUGAAGGGGAACACAUAAAGAAAACUUGGGAAGAAGUCAUUGACGCAGAACUUUCAGUAAAGCUGACUGUAGAGAGUAUUCACAAUUUUAUACUGGUGGAUAUGAAUGGCGCUCCCCUGGAUUUGACCGAGAGCCCCAUCCUUGGUGAACAGACAAUCCACGUUAAAGAGCCAAACGAAGACAGUCCCUGGAGUUGUCGCCACACUCUCAUCGAAAAGAUUUCCUUUUAUUAUUAGAUCACCACCAUGAAAAAGA